UCUAUCAUAGACUACCUUCACGUGACUCGUGUUUACAGCGUUUCACUUCUCCCUUCGGUCGUCUCGUUGCCCAGUGUCAACAUCCGAAGUUGGGGCUUUAAAAUCUUGCAACAAGUUGCGCGAGCGAAUCAUUGAAUAGCCGGCGCUGUGGUUUGGCUUCUUCCUGGGGGCUGUGGGACGAGUAGAGACCCGCUGGAAGUGAUGGCGGACGGGGAGAGGUCACCGCUGCUGUCCGGGCAAUACGACGGGACAAACGGCAAUUCGUUGGACGGAAGUUCGUACGGACUACUCGCUGAAGUCAAGAGUUUGGUGCCCGAUGAACCCCCGCCACCCUAUUCGCCGCGCAGCAGCCUGGACGGCUGCAGCAGCAACAAUGCUCCAGUCAUCAGCUGCCGCGUUUGUCAAAGAGCCAUUUGCGUGGAAGGCAAGAUGCACCAGCAUGUCGUCAAGUGUGGUAUUUGCAAUGAAGCGACUCCCAUUAAGAACGCUCCGGUUGGGAAGAAGUAUGUUCGAUGUCCGUGUAACUGUCUGCUCAUCUGCAAAGUCACGUCACAGAAGAUAGCAUGCCCAAGACCCUACUGUAAACGCAUCAUCAAUCUGGGCCCAGUUCACGUCGGCAGGGAAAGUCCAGAACUACAGCAGCCACCCGUCGGGGUCCGAGUCAUCUGCGGCCAUUGUUCCAAUACUUUCUUGUGGACGGAGUUUUCCGACAGGACCUUAUCCAGAUGUCCGCACUGCCGUAAAGUCUCCUCCGUUGGCCGGCGAUACCCGAGGAGGAGGAGCCUGCUGUGUUUCAUGGUCUUCGCCGUGGUGGCCACCUCCACCGCGGGACUGAUGGUGGGAACGUGGCAGCCCGCUCAGGAUUCCAAAGGGAUCUAUGCCGCGUGGGUGCUGCUCAUCUUCAUUGCCGCCUUCGCUCUUGCCAGGACCGUCUACUGGAGUUGUCUGAAAAUUAGCCAGCCCAUUUCAACGUGAUUUCGAACCCAUAGCAUGCCCACAUCACUGACUGCACUUUUUUAAACAUGUGCCAGGAGUUUGUUUAUUAGGAAUACAGUGAGCACUUGCUAUUUGCAGGAGUUAAGGACCAAGCCCGGUGCUAAUUGUGAUAAAUUUGCAAGUAAUGAAUGUUAAAUAUAGUUAUCGUUUAAGAUUUUCCUCUGAAAAUAUAGCGCCUGAGAAGGACCCUGGGUUUGGCUGACAUUUUUAGAGCAUGACAAAAAGAGCACAAAAUUAUACGGGUAUAUGUGAAUAAAUUUAGUUACUGUUAGGUGUGCUUGAUUGUGAAAAAAAAAUCUGGAUUAUUUUGGUAAGAAAUAAAAUCACAAUUACGGUAUUCCAUUGAUUAUUUUUUUAAUAUAAAAUAAAAAUAUUAAAUUGUUAAGAAAUAUUAAAAGACAAAUUCUUUGAAACACUGUAAUUAUGUAAGAUUCUUUUGGACCAAACAAAAUUUACAAAAGUAGUUUUUUUUAACGAAAAAAGGUGCAAAUGUAUACAUUCAAAUAUGGUUUCCUUGUAUAAACAAACAGUGCAUUGGAGUUUACUUGCAAGACAGUUAUAAAUUACCAAUUGUUGUAACAUUGAAAUAAAUAAUUUUAAUACUCAA